AUGGGAAAUAUUUUUGCUAAAAAAGAGAAAAGUCGAAUCACCGAGCAGGACAAAGCUAUUCUCGCUUUGAAGAAACAACGGGAUCAGUUAAAGCAGUAUCAAAAAAGAAUAAGCGGAGUUUUAGAAAAAGAUCGUGAGAUUGCUAAAAGAUUACUGAAAGAAGGGAAGAAAGACAGAGCUAAACUAUUGUUAAGGAAGAAAAAAUAUAUGGUAACAUUCAACUUUAUCUAUCUAUCUGUCAACCUCUUAUCUGUAUAUCAAUGUCUGUUUGAGCAGGAUCUAGAGUUUACACAAGUAGAGCACAAGGUUCUAGAAGGACUGAAGAAGGGUAAUGAGGCGCUACAGAGGGCUAACUCAGUUUUCAGUACUGAGGAUAUAGAAGAUCUGUUGGACGAAACGAAAGAGGCCAUAGACAAACAGAGAGAGAUUGAUGAACUACUCUCUGGUCAGCUAACCCAGGAGGACGAGGAUGAUGUCAUGGCGGAACUUGAUCAGCUGUUGGAAGCUGAACUAGGUGAGCUGGAACCGGUUUUGCCCACGCCGCCUACCACGCUGCCGGAAGCCAAGGAGGAAAACAAUAUGGAGGACAUAGAAGUAAAUCUACCGGAUGUUCCAACACACAAUCCAGAAAUGGUUGCACCUUCCAAAAAGAAGACUGCUGUGGCUGCAAGUUGAUGGGAUCAAACCAGAAAUAUGAAUUAUCCCAUCAUUUAUUUAUAUACUAUGCAAUAAUUUGUAAUUUUUCUUUAAUUAAGUGCAAAUGUAGAUAUGUAUAUUUUAGGUUAAUAAUUCUCGGUCUAUUAAAAGUGGAAACAUGUAAACCUAGAAAAUAAUCAUUAGAAUGAACUAAUUUCAA